AUGGCUACAUAUAGUGGGCCUGUAUCAAGGAGACUAGAAGAAGGACGCUGGAAGCUAGACAAAUAUGCUAGGUACCUGAUGUCGACGUCGUCUCAUGUCGGCCAUGAGAAACCAGAAAUGCCUGCGCCAGCCAUUUCAGGUGGAGAAUGGAAGAUGUAUGACAACCGAGAAGACAUUCUUCAUCUCUCUCUUCUGACCACGAGUCAUUUACUCGUCUCUCAAGGAGACAAGAUUAUGGAGAAUUACUCCCUCAUCGAUACCCGCAAUUGGAUGAGGGUUGUCUCCAAGGGUGACAGUGUUCUGUUCCUGUGUAAAGUCAGGGAUGAGAAUAGACGAUUUCGAAUCAAGUUCUCGGACGAUGAGAAAGGUUCGGGUUUAGAUCACUGCAAGGACUUCACGCGGAGGGCAGCUCAUUAUAUUACAGUCAAGAACACUUCAGAGGUUGGAGAGGAGAAAGGAGACUCAAAGGACCAAUCUCCACCACUCAAGUUGUCCGGGACCGUCAGGUUGGACGAAAUAGCCACGAAACUGAAAAACGUGAAUCUUCCUCUUGCAUACGCCCAGACCAACCUUCCGACGGAGCAGAUUGGAACGAUGGUUAGACUUUGCCUGGCCGAUCCUAACUUCCCAGCGUUUGUUGGUCAAGUUGAACAGGAGUUGAAGAAGAUCAAGAAUGACAAAGUUCCUUGAGGAGUAUCAC